AUGGAGACGCAUGAACAGGAAAGGCUUGGACAUGUGGAAAAACACAAGUUGUCAUCAGGAGAUCAAAGAGAAAACACAUUCCAAAAUGGUGACCUAGGUUGUCAGAAAGAUGAAAUGGCUCAAAAUACCAGUUUGGAAACACCCUUUGAAGACAAACAGGCAGAGGUGUCUGGGAAGAGAAACUGUAACCUGAGAGACUUCCAGGACACUGUGAUCUCGGGAGGACGUUCACCAGGACGGAGUCCUUAUCAGUGCACUGUGUGCAGCAAAAGCUUCAGCAGCAGCUCAAACCUUCUCCAGCACCAGCGUAGCCACACGACAAAGAAGAUUUACAAAUGCACGCAGUGCGGGAAGAGCUUCAGCCGCAACUCGGCUCUGACCCAGCACCAAGCGGUACACCGUGGGGAACGUGUAUUUCAGUGUUCAUACUGUGGUGACCGUUUCACACGCAGCUCCAGCCUCAUCCUCCAUGGGAAGACUCACGAAGGGGAGAAGCCCUUUGUGUGCACACAAUGCAGUCGGCAUUUCAGUAGUGCUUCUGAGCUGGUGGCUCACCUAGGAUUACACACAUGA